UCCCACCGCGCGCGACCGGACACAUCAGCGGGGUCAGGUAUCCUUGCUCCCCUCUCAUUUAACCAUAAAUCAUUGUCAACCACUGGUGUUUGCUAUUGAGGGCAUUCGCAGAGCGUGGGGCCGCUGAUAAACUUGAAGAACCAUCCCCCCCCCCCAAAUACCUGAUCGCUUGUUGUGACAAUGGUGGGCUUCUCCUCCGCCGCUAUAACAUCAACCUGUGACGACAUCUCCCACCGAGCCGUCUCGACGUCGGCCGAGCUCGACGGCCUGCUCAAGGCCAUUGACCCCGGGAGCACCGCUGCCCAGCACCUGAUCUCGUUCUCGGCAAAGCUCGACCAGUUCAGAGACACCACGGAACGGCUCCGGGCGUGCCUCGACGGCGCGUCGGCCAUCUCGCCGGGCCUGCGGAAUGCUCUUACCAUUUCUCUCCAGCCAUGCGCGGACGCGGCAGCGGUCGUGGACAAGCAGAUCCGCAGGCUCGACCCGGGAAACGUGACGGGCCUCAACGCCGACGUGAUCUUGCAACAUGAGAGCUAUCACAUGGCGAACACCCGCCUAUUCGCACAGUUCAUCCAAGUAGUCCAGAUGCCCACGGUUGCCCAGCAGGACUCCAAGCUCUCAGCACCCGACGGGCAUCGGCUGCUGGAAACGGCCGUAGAAACAUCUCAGAUCGUCCUCACGCGCAGCGACAUUCUUCAAGUCACGGAAGAGUCCAGCAACCUGGCCAUCAGAAGUGCGGCAAACGCAGGAGGGGCUCAGGACACGGCGGAUGCACCCCCGCCAGACUAUCUCACGGGCAAAAGUGGCAAGGGGAAAAGCAAGGCCACCGGCCAGUUUUUCUCGUCCAUCUCCAGCUCCUUCAAGGCAAUGACGGCCGGGUUGCGAGCCAAACCAGAGCCCAUGGUCAUCGCCAUGUGCCAGGCAGCAAAGAGCGGUGACGUGGGACACCUCAAGGGCUUCGUCUCGCAAGGGGUCAACAUCAACGGCCAGAACGAGGAAGGGUACACGCCUCUCAUCUGCGCCAUCCGCGCCAACCAAAUCCAGGCCGUCGAGUUUCUCCUCAAGUCGGGGGCGGACCGAUCAGCAAAAGACUCGUUCAGCGGGAAGAAGAAGCCGCCGCUGUUCCACGCCGCCGAGUGCGGUCUCCUACCGGUUGCCGAGCUGCUCAUCAACGAAGGCGCGGACAUCAAGGAACGCUCGUGGUCGAGCCAGCCCUUCUUCAUCGAGGUCGCCAACAGCGAUCGUCUGGACAUCAUCAAGCUCUUCCUGACCCGGGGGUGCGACCCCAACACCGCGGCCAUCAGCGGGCGCACCAUCUUCAUCCAUGCCGUCCAGGCCGGGAGCCUUCCGCACAUGAAGCUCCUGCAGGAGUUCGGCGCCGACGUGAACGCCCGCGACAUCACUGGCCAGCCCACGCUCCACAUGGCCCUGGGCCAGAACCGCAUGGACAUGAUCUCCUUUCUCCUGGAGCACGGCGCGGACCCCAACGUCAUGGAUCUGACCGGCAGCACCAUGAUCGUCUCGGCGUUGCACAGGAAGAAGUACGACCUCGUCAAGCUGCUCCUCACCCGGGGCGCCGACCCGAACGUCACGGGCAUCAUGGGCAAAGGCGUCCUGUGGACGAUGCUGCAGAACAAGGACAUGGAGGAAGGCAUCAAGGUCGACCUCGUCCGCGCGCUCCUGCAGCGGGGGGCCAACCCCAACGAGGUCGACAACUGGGGGGAGUCCAUCAUGAGCCUGGUCAUCACGCUCGGCAGCACGGAGCUCCUCCGGACGUUCCUCACGCACGGCGGCAACCCGAACAAGAAGAUCAAGGACGACACGUUCCUCCUUUACGCCAUCGGCCAGGGGCGGCACGAGGACGCGAAGCUGCUCCUGACGCACGGCGCCGACGCCAACGCGGCCGACGGCAAGGGCAGGACGCCGCUCGGCGAGGCUAUCCAGUCCAACAGCCACUCCCUGGUGCUCACGCUACUCACAUUUGGCGCGGACGUCAACAAGAUGGCGAGCAUCCGGCCGCUGACAAUGGCGCGGCUGCUCCAGAACCCGGAACUCACCCAGCUGCUGACAGAACGGGGAGCUCAGGCUCCCGAGCCGCCGAAGCAGGAGGUCAUGCCGUCUUCACCAGCGAGUCAUGGCCGGCAGGACACGAGCUCCAGACGGCACAGCCGUCCAGGACGUGAGGGGUCAGAGAUGCCGCCGCCGUACACGGAAGCUAGCGUUCCCGAGGUAGCUGCAGCGGUGGGAUCUCCAGUGAGCGGGAGAAAGCUGGUCUAGACCGAUUCAUCCGAACCGUCGGUGAUAGUCUCGGAACGAUUCUGCACGUUUAAUUCACUCUCAAGGGCGUUCAAGGUGUUUCGGUAUACAUGGGAAGGGUCCAGAACUUACAAGAGUUCCCAUAAUGAAGAGUCCAUGGAUUUGGAUCGGGUUUAAUGCAGUAAUACAUACAUCAACCCCGGUUUCAUUCCACGGCGCCUUUUCUUCUUUUUGUGAGAGCAACGGAUGAUUGUAUUACGCCGGUAAUGACUGUUGUAGUUGAGCUCUUGGUUGCAUCCAUUCUGUUUUGGCCAUUAGUCAGUCAUAUACCCGGCAUUGUACGUUCGUUAGCAUGUACUUCUAGAGGACUUACCGAGACAUGUAGCAC